AUGAAGUUCGUGGCAUUAGUUUUCGCCAUUAUUCUUGUCAUUCAGCUCGCUGACGUUACUGCUGACAAGAUGUCUUUCAGCGACGCAAUAGAAGCGUACGAAGAACAACAAAAUUUUGGUAACAAUGACGUAAGGAUUGCUACGGGAGAUAUGUCUUCACUCUCGAGGAGAUGCACCCUCUCAUCGUGUACUACACUGUGUAGAAGUAGAGGUUUCAGACGCGGAGUCUGUAUCUCUGCCACACUCUGUCGCUGUUUCAGAUAA